GAUGGCGCUCGCGAGUGGCCACAGCGGGACACGGCGCGACGGGGCGUGAGGCGAGGAGGCGAUAGGCGGUCGCCUCACGUGAGGAGCUGAAAAGGGAAGCGCCGGGCUGCGUAGGAAGGAGCUGCAGCGCUAGAAGGAGUUCAUCCACCAUGAGGACGAGGCACCUCUUCCCUCCUAUGCUGCUCCUCAUGCUUGUGCUGCUGGGGCAUGGCAGGCAGUGUUCGGCCGUCCCUGCUCAGGCCCAGAGAGAUGGAGUGAUUGUACUCUCUGUCCCUGAAGUGGUUUUGUUAGAAAAUGGAAGUUCAACAAAUGUCACGAUAUCUCUGAGGGCUCCAUUAAAUGAGACACUGGUGAUAACUCUUAAUAUUACACACUCAUCAAAACAUGGCACCGUUGUUGAACUACCAGAUGAAGUUCAACUGCCUGCGGGUCGCACUAAGGCUGGCUUCCAAGUGAAAGCAGAUGAUGUUGGACAAGUAACAGUUUAUCUUUUUGCUAGUAAUUUCAACUUAACUGGACCUAGGAUUCAAUUUCAAGUGAUUCAUAGCAUCAUAGUGAAAUAUGCUGAUGAGGUGAUUGGAUGGAUCUAUUUCCUUGCUUGGUCUAUCUCCUUCUAUCCUCAACUGUUUGAGAACUGGCGACGAAAGAGUGUUGUUGGACUAAGCUUUGACUUUAUAGCACUAAACCUUACUGGCUUUAUAGCAUACAGUGUGUUUAAUGUUGGACUCUUCUGGAUUCCCUUAAUUAAGGAAGAAUUCUUACUCAGUUACCCCAGUGGAGUGAACCCUGUGGCUAUCAAUGAUGUUUUCUUCAGUCUCCAUGCAGUAGCUCUGACGCUCCUCACCAUAAUCCAGUGCUGCAUCUACGAGCAAGGAGGUCAGAAAGUAUCCAAAACUGUUGUUGGACUACUGGCACUUGCAUGGAUUUUCACAUUUACAACAUUGUUUCUUGCUGCAGCUGAGGAAAUGACAUGGCUACAGUUCUUAUUCUGCUUCUCUUACAUAAAGUUAGCAGUCACACUGAUAAAAUAUUUUCCACAGGCAUACAUGAAUUUCCGUCGGAAGAGUACAGAGGGAUGGAGCAUUGGAAAUGUAUUAUUAGAUUUCAUCGGUGGAAGCUUCAGCCUUCUGCAGAUGUUUUUGCAGUCAUACAACAAUGAUCAGUGGAAAUUAAUCUUUGGAGAUCCAACCAAGUUUGGCCUGGGUGUCUUCUCCAUCAUCUUUGAUAUUGUUUUUAUGGUUCAGCACUACUGCCUUUAUAGGAGACGAGGGUAUGAACCUUGUGAAUAACAUCUCUGAAGAUUAAAAGCUUUAAAUUGAACUUGCCCCUUCCUGGCCAAGGGAUUUGAAGAUGCCUACUACCGGUUAUCAGAAAUACCAAUUCUGAUCUGUUCGUACUUUAAUCUGCUCUGGUAUGGAAUACAAGCUGCCUUGCCAAAUACCUUAAAGGACAUCAAGCUAUCUAGCCUCUACUUGCAGAUGGAAGACUCAUGCCUGUAGAAGCUGCAAAGCCAGCUUAGCUUGAGCUGUCCAAGCAGCACGUCAAUCUUCUCAAGUAACAACAGGAAAGAAACCAACACUGUAUUUUUUUUCCAGUUAUGAACCACUCCUAAAGUUCUGGCUUCCAAAAGUCUGAGAUCAUAUUAAAGUAACCACUCAAGAUAUUAAAGAAGGUCUGUGGAUUUAAGUUCUGCUGCUGACUCCUCAUAGACCAAACCACAGUAGAACACCACUCAGGGUGGCUGGCAACAGCAAUAGUGGUAACCGAAGGAGUAAUAAAGUUGCUAGGAAAUUAAAAAAACAAACAAACAAAAAAAAACUAUGGAUGCUAGAACUUCUCUAGGAAGAAAAAAAAGCACUGAGAAUAACAAGAAACUGUAUUCCUAGCUCACUUAAACCUCUUUCAAAGGUGCUAAGACAAGUGUUCAGAUAAGUGUGUCUGAAUACUUCUAGUGCACUAACUGAACUUUGCUUGGUUCCACUGACAUGCCUUGAACUCUAAACUGUGGAUCGUAAUGAUUAGACUGUCAAAGGGUUUGUUUUGAAGUGGAUCAUGUUAAUUAACAGCUCACUAAUUAAAGGUCUUAAACACA